CUGAGCGGCGCAGCUGGACUAGUUUACCGACUCCUGAAGUUCUGCUGGGCCGAGGAAGCGCUUUAACACCAGAGCUUAACGUUUAAUCCCAGCUCAGCUCCCCUUCCCGGAGAUUCCAGGUGAGGGAGCCGCUCUGGAGUGGCUCUGAACUGACCUGUGUGAUCCAGAAACUGGACUUUUAAAAGUCCUCCUGCCCAGCGCACGUGCCUUCUUCACCCGCCGCGUUUCAGGCAGUGCUGAGGGUCAAAGGGACCGAGGAUCUCGAAGUGGCCUCGGAGAGCCCUGGCCGAACUUCCCCCGGGAGCCACGCGAGCUCUCCAGCCUCCUAUCAGCUCCAUGGGGUUCUGAUCCGGUCAGGAAGCUCGGCAGUCGCGCGGCAUGGCAGAUAAAGGCCCGGUCCUCACUUCGGUCAUCAUCUUCUAUCUGUUUAUCGGAGCCGCGAUCUUCCAGAUCCUGGAGGAGUCCAACUUCGAGUCCGCAGCGCAGGAGUACAAACAGCAGAAACAGCUCCUCCUGCUGAAGCACCCCUGCCUGAGCAAGCAGGACCUGGACGGCAUUAUUGAGGUGGUGGCUAAAGCAGCUGGCCAGGGUGUGACCAUCACAGGAGAAAAACCUUUCAAAAGCUGGACCUGGACAAAUGCUUUAGUCUUCGCUGCCACCAUCAUCACCACUAUAGGUUAUGGGAAUGUUGCUCCGAAGACAGCGGGAGGGCGAGUGUUCUGCAUCCUAUUCGGGCUCUGCGGAAUCCCACUCUGCUUCACCUGGAUCAGCGAGCUGGGCACGUUUUUUGGGAGCAGAGCGAAGCGCCUGAGCCAAGUGCUGCUGCACAAAGGCCUCCGUGUGAAAAAUGUCCAGUUUAUCUGCACAACUAUCUUCCUGCUGUGGGGUCUGCUGUUUCACCUGCUCAUCCCACCCUUCAUCUUCAUGGCUGUGGAGGAGUGGACCUACCUGGAGGGCCUUUACUUCUGCUUCAUCACCCUGACCACUGUUGGGUUCGGGGACUAUGUAGCAGGUGUGAACACAAAUGUGGAGUACCAGGCACUGUACCGCUUCGCUGUGGAGAUAUGGAUAUACAUGGGCCUGGCGUGGCUCUCCCUGUUCUUCAGCUGGAAUGUCCACAUGGUGGUGGAGGCCCACAAAGUGCUGAAGAAAAGGAGGCAGAUGCGUCACAAGCUUUCUCCGUACAACAUCGAUCAGGUCCAGAAAGCCCCCUUGCCUCAAACGGCCAGCAUCGUCGAUAUCUUCAAGUUCAUGUCGGAGAAGGGCGAGGACUACAGUGACGUCAUUACAGCGAUUGGUGCGGCCGAGAAGAGGAAAAAGCAGCAGGAGGAGGAGCUGACCCGCUCCAAAAGCUGCAGCGACCUUCUCAAACAGAUGGUGGUACCACUUGACCAAUCCCCUCGCCAGAAGCGCCGCAGAUUCAGCAUUGGGGACAACGUGUAUAUGGUCAUCUCUAGGGCCAGAGGAUCCACCGGUGAUCUAGAGGAAAGGCGAUCACUUCAGGAACCCAAAGGAGAUCCAGAACUUGACAUGGAGAGUCUCUUAGACAAAGGAGCUCCUCACAGACCAGCACGCUGUGUGUGGGAUUCCAGAGCGUCCUAUAACCCUGUUUUCCAGAAUCCCAGAAUAAUUCUGAACUCUGACGAGAGCUUAGGGAACCAGAACGGGUCCAGAUUUUCAGUGGUCAAGGUGGAUGAAACUAAUUUGUUAGAAAAAGGCCACGGCCUGGGAUGAAGACGGCUCAGACCAGCAGAUAAGAGACUGCGUUUGAGGAGCUGGUCCACACGAUUUCCUUAAAUAGCCACUAUAUUAGCCAGGCUAAGCUAAAGCCAAUCUGCGCAUUUGGUCCGUUUAACCUUUAGAAGUGUCCGUUAUCGCCAGUCAUAGUGAAACAAUGCUGUCAUUUUACAGUAAGUAUUUCUAGCAGCAGAGAAAUCAUGUGGAAAGUGCCGAUUCCAAACUUUCAGUCCAUUCGAUUUUGAUCCAGAUUUGAAGCUUUUGUUUUGUAUGCAAUAUUUUUUUUUUACAUCAAACAAAAAUCAAAAGCCGAUUAGAAUCUGUUCAUACAGAAUUAAAACAUAAAUGUAACUCAUUGAAUAACAAAAGGAACAAUUUUCAACCCUUUCAAUUCGACGUAAUGUAUACGGCAUCAAAAGGCGUCGUACAUAAAAGAAAACUGUUUAGUGAACGCUGCAUGCUAGAGGUGUGUUUUCAUCUUUCCUGGAAGGGAAGUGUUGUUCCAGCAACAAGUCACAAUCACAGACCCUGAUUUUCGACAAGUGAGGAACACAGCCUCUGAUUCUUCAACGAGUCAGGAACUGAUUGGUCUGAUUGGUCGAGAAGUCCGGAACACAGCCUCUACCUGGUUGAUGAACCAAGAACGCCGCCUCUGAUUGGCCAGCAAGCCACGAAACCAGCUUCAGAUUGGUUGACGAGCCAAGAACAUAGCUAGUGUUGACGUUGUCAUAAUGGAUAUAUUUCACAAAGUCUAUAAAAAGACCAGAAUUCCAAAGCUUCUGAAAGGGGUACAAUCUCAGUGGGGCCCUCAUUAGAAUGGCACAGCACUAGCUUUCAGGGAAAAAAUGAAAGUUAGUCUGUAGCAUGCAGCGUUCCUGUCCUAUGACGUCGAGCUGACAGGGUAAAGAUGAGAACAGUAGAUGAUUAGCAAAUAAACUGUACAGAUGUUCUUUGGUCUGGAGCAGAGCGCAGAGACGACCCUGCUCUGUGUAGUCAUCACACAGGCCUUCGGCUGUCCACAUUUCAUUCACACCUUUGGCUGUCUGUCCUGCAUUGGUUAAAGUUGUCCAGAAUGAGAGAGCAGACAGAGGAUGUUCAUCUGAUGUGUUGGUUAUGUGUACACACUGUCAUCUCUCAUUUCAUUAUAGUGCCGUGUGACACAUUCUGUUUGAUGUAAAUUAAAAUAAAUAAAUAAAUAAAUAAAUAAAAUAAAAA